CUUUUCAGAGGGUGGUAUAGCUUUAAGAGUUUACUACCAUCCCUACACACACUCUCACACACACACACACACACACAACAGAAAGUUUGGAAGCGGUGGGAUACCGACGGGUAGGAAGUGACGGGGGAGCACGAAGUGUCGAGGGAGGAAUAAAAAGAAGACGUGACUAUCAACAGAAAGCAGAAUGAGGAGCAACGUGCGGGUGUCGGCUGCCGCUGUAGCGCGCGGGGGGGAAACUGGAUUGCGCACGAUCUUAUCAGCGGACACACACACUUUCAAUGGAGGUGAACUCAGCUCCUACAAGUGAAAAAGCAGAGAUUUCAGAGAGGGGGAUUGUCGUCCUGAUUUCCAUGUAAUUCUGGAAAGUGCUUGCGCUCAGGAGGAGGAGGAGGAGGAGGAGGCCAUAUGGAGGUGCGACCUGCGAACUACAGCCCCGCUCUGAAUAUGAAGGGAAAGACUUUUUGCGACAAAUCCCAGAGAAUAGUUGAGGGGAAAUGAACGCAGAUCUGGGGCACUUCACCUCGGUUUUCUCCUCUGUCGGGUCGGGUUGUGCGUCUUUGGGGAUGUGUGCGAGUUGCGUCUCUGCGGCUUCAGUUCGGAUACUGACGCGUCUGUGCGCCCUGGUGCUGGUGGUCGCGGUGGGACUCGGGUCGGAGCUGCGGGUCCGCGUCCGGCUCGUUGACGGACUGGUGACCGAGGAGGUGCUGGAGGCGGACAGCGAGAGAGACUUGAUAUCAGUGGAAUUCAAGCAGGGAGAUGGGACACUCAUCACUUUUAUGGCGGACUUUAAACAGGAUGUGAAGAUAUUUCGGGCGCUGAUUCUCGGCGAGCUGGAAAGAGGGCAGAACCAGUACCAGGCGCUGUGCUUCAUCUCUCGCCUCAACCGCAAUGAGAUCAUCCCCAGCGAGUCUAUGGCCCGCCUCAGACAGAAAAACCCUCAGGCCAUUCGCUUGGCAGAGGAGCGGCGGGGACUGGAGCAGCUGACCAUGAGCGUGGCCGUCAAUCUCAGCCGGGCCUUGCAGCUCAGCUCCCACAUCCACAACAUGUGCAGCGAAGCCCGAGAGGCCGUCUACACCAGGGAGUCAGAUGUCAAACACUGGCUGGACAAAGGCGUGGAUGGCUCCAUAUUCGAGGUCCUGCCCGUAACGACGGAGGCGCCCAGCUUUCAGGCCUGUCACUCCACUAAAGACUUGUGGCAGCCCUGUGUCUGCACGUACAGCCUGCGCCUGGAGUGGUACCCGUGUCUGCUGAAGUACUGCCGCAGCCGGGACACCACAGGUAGAGGCAGCACCUACAAGUGUGGCAUAAAGAGCUGCAGCAAGGGCUACCAUUUCACCUACUACGUUCCCCAGAAGCAGCUGUGUCUAUGGGACGAGGAGACCUAGCGUUUGUUUCUGGACGGGCGAAGCAAAGAGAUGCUUCCCCACCCGUGCUGUUCAAAGUGAACACAGCAACACUGGACCUCAGUUUAUGUGAUGACGAGUGAGGCGGUCUCAGAUGGGGAGUGGUGAGAUCCAGACGUUCCAGCUGAAACGGAAACAAAUUCAGGUUCGCAAAUGAGACCAAAACCUUCACGGAGGGACAGAUGCAGCACAUUGUUCGAAGAGACUAAUUCAACUUUCUGGGAAAACGACAUAUCAACAACUACAAUGUGUCUUUGCCAAGAAACUCUUUUGUGCCUUUCUUUUUUGGGGGAUAUGACGGGAGCAGUUGACGGAGACCAACAACAAUAACCUCUCGAAGAAGCUACUGUAUGCACAAAGCUGGACAGUGCAUUUCUGCUCAAUUAAAUACAAGCAGAGUCCCACUCUGACACAAAGGAGUUAUACAAACACACUCUUCCAUCCUGAUGAAGGAAGAUUUGGAUGGUGGACGUCUCCCUCUUCUAAAGCUCUGUGAAAAACCUUUUGUAUAUCCAGCUAAAUGCCUGUUUAUAACAAUGUAAGCUGGCUGACAAAGAAAAUGUUUCUUCAAUGCUGGCUUUAUUUAUUUUAGUUGCAAAGUGAAAUUAUGGAGGACUAUUUUUGUAUAAUUUUUUUUUUUUAAAUAACCUCAUCCUUUUCUCCUCCUCUCUUUUUUUCCAAUUAAACUAGCUCUUAAUCUUACAUAUCCAAACCACAGGUCCUCAGUAGUAGGACGUAUUCAAACACAUUUCAGAAACAUUUUUAACCUCCUGGUUAAAAUCCAGAUGUCGCGUUACUUCCACGCCUGGUUUAUCAUUGUAUUUCAGUUUUAGUUUGGCUUCCCCCACCACUCACAUCCCACGUCUGUUUCCAGUAAACCAAAGUCACAAGUAAAUGCUGUCAAAGGGGGUAAAGUUUACUUUUUAGAAACAGACUCUUCAGUAUGAUGUUUUCCUGCAGGUUAGCCUUUUUUAUAAUCUAUACUGCCAUCUACUGGUCAUACAGUGUUUCUUGUGUUUACGGUUUCAUGUCUCCUAAAUGUUAAUAAUUUAUACAUCUCAUAUCCCUGAUUAUUUACAGACGUAAUUUAAGGAGCACUUCUUAAACUUGUUGGACCAAAUGUCAUUAUUCUCUCUGUCUAUUCCUUUGAGCAAUAGUUUGGAAGUAUGAUUUUUUUGGGGUUACUCUAACCUCCAUCUUCAUUUAAGUAUUUUCUGCCAUAUCAAAAGUUCAUUUUUUGUUUGUUAUGUAUGUCCUGCUAACUAAAGAACCAAACGAGUGAAGCAUUUCUAAUCGUGGCCUUUUCUGGUGAUCAAGUGCCUUAACAUUUCCACUGAUAUCUGUGCUGUGUAAUUAUGUAGUUUAAGUUGUUAAAUAUAUUUCUUUUUCUAUGAAAGAGUUCUGAAUAUGCUGUAAAAAGUUGCCAUAAGGAGAAAAUGAAGCAGUUAGGUGGUGUUCCAUUUCUGAGUUGUUUUACAUGAAUUGUUUCAAUAAAGUCUUUCCUUGCACUGCA